AUGCCGAGCUCAAAGUCGAGUCUCGAUAAGCGCGACGUCUACUACCGCAAAGGCAAGAGUGAUGGCUAUCGCGCACGCUCGGCUUACAAACUCCUUCACCUCGAUGAAGAAUUCGACCUGUUCCGCGGCGUCAGCACGGCUGUGGAUCUGUGUGCGGCGCCGGGCAGUUGGAGUCAGGUUCUGGGACAGAGGCUCAAACCCCAAGUGACCUCCAACCGCGUCGUUUCCAUCGACCUGCAGCCUAUGGCCCCGCUCCCCGGCAUUACAGAACUGCAAGCCGACAUCACCACGCCCGAAACCGUGCCCCGCGUUCUCGAGGCUUUGGGAGGCAGAAAGGCCGAUUUGGUGGUCUGUGACGGGGCUCCGGAUGUCACUGGCGUACAUGACCUCGACGCAUACCUCCACUCGCAACUCCUCCUCGCUGCCACCACCCUCUCGCUCACCAUCAUGGCUUCUGGCGCGACACUCAUCUUCAAGAUCUUCCUUUCGCCACUGGACCCAACGGCCGCCGUCCUGCGCUCCCAGCUGCGUGCCUUCUUCCCAGGGCCUCUGCCGGGGGACGAUGGCUAUGACGCCGACGACGCCUUGUUUGCAGAGUUUGACGAGCACCCAACACACGACAUCGGCGGCCACGUCAAGGGCGUUGCACACCUGUCGGCGCCCACCAAGCGUAAAGCAGGUUUGGACCAUGCUGGGCGCCGUGGUGGUGUGUGGGUGCGUAAGCCGAGGAGUAGCAGAAAGGGAUCUGGUGAGGCGUUUAUCGUGUGCCGCAAUUUUGAUCCAAACUGCCUCCCGCUGCCAACCGAGUUCACCGCCGAGUCGCUCGUUGCUCUCCGUCGCCAGGUUGGCGAGACCCUCACGCUUGAAUCGCUUGCGCACCUUGGAAACGACAACAUUGCUCCCGACGCGUCGUGGCCUGCGACCAAAGGCUUUGUCGGCGGUGGCGACCUGAACGCUGUCAAGAACGACACGAACGGCACCAGCCGCCCAUCCCUCGUUGUCGAGGUUCAAGGACAGCGCAACCGCUCUGCAUCUAUUCGCAGUAUUGAUGGUGCCCCCUCCCCGGUGCCGUCCCACGCAAGCUUGUUUCCCGACUUUCUCCCGCCUACCGCUUCUGGGCCAUCUGCUAUCCGUGCGCCGGUGCCAUUGCCAUCGCUCCCAAGCACCCCGGCCCACGUCUAUCCUCCUGUACCUCUUCCCUCGCCAAUGUCCGCGCUCCUCGAGCCCCGCGCAGCGCGCGAGUUUAAGACUCUGAACUUGGGGCCAUCCAACUCGACGUCGCCAUCGUGGUCGUCCCCACUGAGUGCCAUGGCAGCCUCGGCGAGCCCAACGUACCUCAGCGCCGCCAACCUGCACGCACAGAGCGCGCGUGAACGCGACAUUUAUGCGUCAACCCCGCACGGCGACGGUGCCGUGAGUCCUGCAUUGAGCAGCAGUUCAAAGACCGACAUGUUCUUUGCCACCUCGCAGCGCGACUCGCUGCCUAUGCCACCCAAGCCAUUGUCGUCGACUUCGGAACGCUCUCUGCUGGGCCGCACUCCCUCCAUCGGACGCGGAAUUCCGCCCAUUGCACGCGCUCGUGUCGUCACGACCCCGGCCCCUGUCCCGACGUCAGACUCAAUCUCCCCAUCGCCCUCCACAUCUCCGACGCUGCCUGCUCCUACGCCCUUGCGCUCAGUCACGGGACCCAUCCAGUCGCCCCACAGCUCGACGCCGUCACCGUCUCUCCUCUCCCCACGCCCGCCUGUUGCUGUCACCACUACGUCCUCGUCAUCCCGACACGUAGACCAUGCGGCCGUCAUUGCUCGCGAGGCACACCACGGAGAGGUUUCGGAAACGCUUGUGCACGCGGAAGACGUCCUCACUCCGAUCCCUGAUGAUGACAAUGCCCUUCCCAUUCGCAGCCCCAGCUCAACCACUGCAUGGCGCCUGCGCAAACCUCUGGGGCAAGGCGCGUUCGCUGCUGUCUGGUCGGCCGAGCCCGCUACUGCUACUGCCCAGGAUGGCGAGUCGAGCGUCGCAGCAGUCAAGCUCGUUGACCGUGCCGCGUGCCGCCGAAACGCGCGUAACGCGAUUGCCUUCUACCGCGAAGUCGAAGUGCUGCGACACCUCGUUCACCCAGGUAUCGUCGGUUACGUCGCGCAUUUCAGCACGGCUGCACACCACUGCCUCGUCCUCGAGCAGUUGUCUGGCGGGGAGCUGUUUGCCCUCGUCGAAGACGACAAGAACCGCAAGCGCAUGCUCAUCCCUGGUCCUGGAGACAACAUCGGCGAGGGUCUCGUGAGGCGUAUCUUUGGAGAGUUGGGUCGUGCAGUCGCGUGGUUGCACGAGGUCGAGGUUGUCCACCGUGACAUCAAGCUUGAGAACAUUCUCUUCACCGUCAACCCCUUCAGCCUGCCACCAACAUCGACCGGCUCCGUUCCUCUCGACCGCCUCCCGGUCCCACUAGUCAAGCUGACCGAUUUUGGCCUGUCGCGCUUCAUCCGCUCCGAUAACCCUCUCUUGACAACUCGUUGCGGCAGCGAGGCGUAUGCUGCCCCCGAAGUCGUCAUGGGAAACCUGUACGAUGGGCGCAAGACGGAUGCCUGGGCUCUCGGUGUCGUCCUGUACGCCCUCGUAGCCGGUGAAUUGCCCUUCGAGGAAGGAGCGCCCCUGCCUCCAGGCCGCGCUCGUGCCCUCUCCACGGCGUCGAACAUGUCCGCCGCAGGCGACGGCCCACGCGACGUCCGCCGCCGCACCAUGCUCCGCAUUGCAAAGGGCGAGUAUGGCUGGCGAGAGAACGUUGGCUCGUCCGGGGCGCGCGCUGUCGUCGCUCGACUGUUGACUCGCGACCCAUCGCGCCGUCCGCGCGUCUCGUCACUGUGGAGCGAAGGGUGGAUGCACUCGGACCAGGCCGGCGGCGUCCCAGCGCCCUCGGAGCCGAUGACGCCGCGCGUCGUCGGUGGUGAGAUUGCCGACCGCGUCUCCGUCGAGAUCACCCGCCGGGCAAGCGACACGCCGCAUGUGGUCGUUGACCAAGGGGUGCUCGUGGACCCGGCGCAGAUUGACGAUUGUCGCAAGGCAGGACGUGGCCCCGACAGACGUGUGAGGAUCUGUCGUUUGAGUUAUGCUUUGGUGUAG